GUAUUUCAUUUCUCGAUCCCUCUCUGUCUUACAUAUCGAAAAGAUUUCCCAUCUCUCUCAAAUAUUCUUGUGCAGAGAGCCCCUCCCACCAAAACACUUUUCCAUCUACAAAUAACUUCUUGCUCUGUCUCUUCCAGUGCUUCUACUCUGGCUAGUGAUUUUAGCUUGGGUGGACCGACUGCGUACGUGAGAGGGAAAGUGAAGAAAGCGGAAAAGAGGGGAGAGUUUUUUGAGUUUUGUUGUUAUUUUUAUUUGCUGAGUGUUCGGGCCUGUGACAUAGAUACGAUAAUGUCGGGUUGCAGAGACGAAGAUCCUCGUAUCCAUGGCAUCAAAACUAAGAUUGGGGUCGUCCCCAAUUUCCCAAAACCAGGUAUUAUGUUUCAAGACAUCACUCCUCUAUUACUGGAUCCGAAAGCCUUCAAGGACGCAAUCGAUUUGUUCGUUGAGCGAUUCAAAGACAACAACAUUUCAGUUGUUGCAGGAAUCGAAGCUCGGGGUUUUAUAUUUGGUCCUCCCAUUGCUUUGGCUAUAGGGGCAAAGUUUGUUCCCUUGAGAAAACCAAGGAAGCUGCCCGGCGAAGUUAUUUUUGAAGAGUAUGUUUUGGAAUACGGAAGUGAUUGUCUUGAAAUGCAUCUUGGAGCAGUUGAACCUGGAGAACGUGUUUUGGUGGUUGAUGAUUUAAUUGCUACUGGUGGCACACUCUGUGCAGCUAUGAACUUACUAGAACGUGUUGGAGCAGUAGUAGUUGAAUGCGCAUGUCUAAUAGAGUUACCGGAGUUAAAGGGCCGUGGGCGUUUGAACGGUAAGCCAUUGUAUGUACUAGUGGAAUACCAAUGAUCAUGGCUGAUGAUGACAGUUUGCCCGCUUUUGCUCACCAUGAUGUCAUUUACAGUAGGAUAUUAUUUGGGUAUUUCCCAUCUGGAAUCUGAUUUUCAGAUCCCCUCGCCCCCUUCCCUUCCCUUCUCUUCUCUUCUCUUCUCUUCGUCCUUGGCCCCUUUUUUCGGCUCCAUUGUUAAUGGAUUUUGAUGUACCUCAUUUAUUGAUACCCUAAAUUCCACCUAUUAGCAUAGAACAUUGAAUUAUGGAAAGGGGUUGAUUUGAGAAAUGCUUGUAGUAGAGCCACAUUUUUUGGUUGAAAAUGAAUUCAUACAGCCUCUCAAGGGUUUCUUUGGGGUUGGAAUAGCUGUCAUACCA